AUUUACUUUGUCAUCUUUUCUUCUCUUGCAGUAAACCAGUUGUAAAUUCGUGAUUUAAAAUGAUGCUUUUAUUUAACCAUUAAAAUAGCUUUGGUUAGUUUGAUAAUUCAUGAACAAUCAAGACAUGAUCGAUAAAUUACUGCCACAUCGAAAUAAAAUAAAAAAAGAUGUCUACUAUCUAGUGUGCACUUAAUUUAUGGCAAUUAUUUUCAUAUUUAUACAUUUAAUCUGCCACUUUCAUUUACCUUGUAACCUUCAGCAAUUUAUCACUUAUAACUAUACUCCAUUUAGCAAGUGACCACCUCAUAGCUACUGAUUAACACGACUAAAGAAACAUUUUUGGAAUAACAGAGAUAAUCAUGGCUUGUUAAUUUUGUUCCGCAAUGUUGAUUUCAAAUAGUGUAUGGUUCAAUUCCUCUUUGCUACAAAGCAAUGAACGACAAGUUACAACUUGCUGCCAAAAUGAGUCAGCCAGCGGCCAAUGGCCACCAUGGAGAUCGAGAUAACACUUCAAGCCAUCCACGUGGAGGUAAAAACAGUCAAAAAGGGAACAGAGGGAAGCAAGCAGGAAAUAGAAACAGAGAGAAAGGAAAUACUGUCGAUCCAAUGGAAGGUGAUGACGGAACUGCAAGGCAACCUAAAGGACACAGGAACACAAAGAAAGGUCGGCUGAUGAAUGAUCUAGUAAAUUUCCAGUAUUACAGACCUGCUCCUGCAGAAUUCAACCAUCAGAAGACACGCAAGGCCACUGCAGAGUAUCAGAAAGAGGAUUACGUCCAUGUUUCCUGCCAAUUUGUGGUCGGUGAUGGUGAUUGGAAUGCUCUGACUAAAAUAGACAGCGUUGUAAACUGGAGUGAUGUUAUUCAGGUCCGUCUGCCCUGUGAAGAAUUGGCUUCUUGUCCUAUCUGCUUGUUUCCUCCCGUGUGCCCCCUAUCUCCGGUGUGUGGACAUGUCAUGUGUUAUUCCUGUGCUCUUAGGUUCUCUGACAACUGUCCUGGAGGAGAUUGCCCUAUCUGUCACAAACCUCUUAUCGUCUCUGACUUCAGACCCUUGAAAACGUACCCAAGAGUAAGCUAUAAGGUUGGAGAUGAAAUUGUUAUGAAGCUUGUGUUCAGGGAUCGUGACGGGAGGAUAGUGUGUCCUGCAGCUGAUGAUGAUGAUGUUGAGGCUAACUCCACUACGGAUAUUCCUGAUAUUUCAAAUGAUUGGGGUGUGAAGUUUAGCAAUGUUGUCACUGCAUCCCCUUCUCAAGUCUUACAGCAAGUUCUGAUGACUCAAGAAGAAGAGUUGAAGUCACAGCUUGUCAUGUUGGAAGACAAUGAUAAAGAGUGCGAACCAUUCAUUAUCAGAGCCCUUGAAGAACUGCUGGAUAAAAAAGAUAAAUGCUUUCAGGAAAUGGAGUCUUCACUGAAAAUAAGAUCAAAACCAAGCUCAGAAGAAAUUUGUGAGUCUUCUUGCAAGAAAGUUCACUUUUAUCAAUGUGCUGAUGGUCAGCCCAUCUUCAUUCACCCAUUAAACUCUAGGUGUUUGAUACAUGAGUAUGGAAGUAUUGAGGGUUCUAUCCCGGAGUUAACCUGUACUAUUGUUGCAAUGGAGCAUUACACGCAGUCUCCAGAACUGCGCUCCAGGUAUCGCUACUUCUCACACCUUCCGCUGGGCUGUCCAUUCAUUCUGUGCGAGGUUGAUGUUACACCAUUCAUUGGGGAGGAAACUUACCAACAUUUCAAAACCGAUAUCGAUCGCAGAUCUAAGGCUAGACGAGUUAAGGAACAGAAAGAAAAUGCAUACACCUCAAGGCUCAGCAAGAAACUAGCUGAAAAAGAGGUAACAUAUCAUUGCAGCGCUUAUCUUCCCAGAUACACUGAGGUUUCAAAACCUGCUGUGGAGCAUUUUAAGACUGCUGAAAGCUAUGAUAUGCUGGGAGGGUCUCCUUCUAGUCCUCCAACUGAUGCCCCUUUGUCUUUUGCUGAAAAGCUCCGUGCAGGGGCAUCUAAGUCUUCUCCAUGGAUGAAGUCAGUGUCCCCUGACUCUGAUCGUUUGAGGAUCAACUCAACUUCAAGUGAUAUCAGUAUGGACGGUGAAUCUGUUGCUCCCUCGUUCCAACACUCAUUCAGAGCUUCUCUCAAUGAUGCUUUUGCUUCUCUAGAUGUUGCUGAACCUGCUCCUUCUGUGCCUGGUCCAGCAGCUCGGGGAAAGAAGAAAAAGAAAAACAAGGGUAGAACAAUUUCCCUUACUGGUGGUGCUAGAAAGGCAGGGAUUGGGGAUAGGAAAUUCCGAUUAGCACUCAACAAUUUGUCUAAAUUCCCCAAUCGAUCAUGUGACUCUGGAAUCUCUGGAAUGCAAGUACCACCUCAACCCUCCCUUCCCUCAACCUCCCUCCCCUCCACCUCCCUUCCCUCCACCUCCACCCCUGCUCCUCCCAACCCUGACAACCUAAAGGACAAAAUCCUCACAACCCUCGGUGGUGAUGAUCCUGUUAUCAUGGCCUUCUCCAACCUCUCUCUAGACGACAUUAAAUCCAACGUUGACAAGCUGAUCCGGGAUGCUGUCCAUGACAAAUCUCCCGAGAUCCGGAAACAUGCCCUGCAGCAGAUCAACAUGACACUCCAGGAAGUGAACGUGAACCCGGCGAGAGUUAAGAUGUUGUUAGGGAUCCUCUCUAGAGCUGUGCAGGAUGGUGUGUUGAGCGGGAGAGAGGUGUGUGAGUGUCUUAAGGAGCUCCUUAACACUGAUAUUGAGAGUCUUUCCAUGGAGCUUCUUAACUUCUUUGACGUUCUGAUAGGGUGCACUGACCACAAGAUAUGUCAGGAAAUCUUCACAAACUGCCUCCAGGAAACCUCAAAACUUCCAUCUGUUCUCACUGGAAGUCACCACAGGAUCUCCAACAAGAUAAACGCCAUGCUGAUGAAGCUGCUUGAUCGUGAUAACCUGGUAAUGCCACCUAUCUGCUCCUACUGUGAUAUCAUGAUUGCGUUCAACAAACCCAAUGUGUUCCCUCACUGGAGUGUCUCUGAGCUUCUCAACGAUUACGUCUCCACCUUCAACUGUCUCACUGAUCUUAUGACUAUAGAAAACACAGAACAUUUCCGACCCGUCAUUAGACACAGUUUCCACACUCCAACAGGGUGGAAACUCGACCAAACCCUCCUCAGCUUCCACACUGUAAACCCCUCCUACUUCAUCCUACAGUUCUCAGGUCCCUACUCCAAACCUCAGACCGACCUGAUGUUGUACACUCUGAAACAAGUCUCGUGUAGGGACUUUGUGGUGAACACCAUGCUGCAGUUGAGACAGGGAAAGGGUACGAUAUGUCCCGUGUUGGAGACGGUUUUCAUGAAAUUGUUGAAGCAGACCGCUGCAGCUUCAGAGAAGGAUCAUGAUUUGAAUAAGAUGAAGGUGUGGGAACGUUUUGGUGGUGAGCUUUCCUCGCUGAUAUUCUGUAGUUCCAUUCAUAUUAAGGAUAUAACUGAGGCUCUACUGAAGGAACUCAAGGAACCUGCAACCUUUUCAUCCCUCCAGCAACACCGUGAUUUUCUCAUGUGGAUACUUCACCGGUGCUUCAGCUUUUGCCUAAAAAUAGUUCGCAUUCCCAAGAAAGAUUUCCUGUUUAUCGGUGACAUCAUCAAGCUCUUGUACCCAGAACUAGCACCUCUACCAGUCCCAGAUCGUAACUCCCCACUCUGUGUGGUCUACUUGUCUGCAGCUAGUUUGUGGGCUGUGUUUGGAACCCGCUCUGUUGACAACCCCGGUCUCCAGGACUCACCUCCACUUGCUCUCAUCGAGCAGCUCAACUUCCUCCACAUGCCCCAGCUCAAUCAACAUCAGUUCUCCACAUCAGACUAUUCAGUGUGUGUCAGUUUAAACCAUAUCAACAACUUUGUCCCGUCCUUCUCCAACACCUCUGAAGCGUACUCCCGGCCCCUGAGAUUCCUCAUGGAGAGCGUAUACAUGGCCCAACAAACUACAGUACUCCCUGGCAACGUGCAGGUUGUAGCUGCCCUGACUCCCAUACCACUAGACAUCCUGGACAUGCUGACCGCUCAUGCUAAACUCAACUUCAUCGUCACCAUCACCAACCACAUCACCAAGAUGGCAGAUCCACACGAUCAGAUGACUCAGUCCUCCACCGCCUACCUAGCUCCAGCACUCCUGGAGACCUUCUCCAGGUUACUCUGCUACACAGAGAUUGAUUCUAACAGCCUCAAAAUGAUGAUGACUCUGAUCCACCAGGUGUCCAAUUACCAUGCCUUUGGUAUCCUCUGCAGUCUGAUGGAAAUGUUCAUACACAGGAUGCAGUUUGUAAAGCAGACCAACCACCGGAUGACCAUGCUAACACACUUCCAAACCUUGUACGUUCUGUUCACACAGCGUGCAGGGAACCAUCCCCAGAUGCUCUACAUGUUAGAAUCCUUCACCAUGCGUCUCCUCCCUCUCCUCAACUACCAAGACCACACUCGUAUCAGUUCCUCUCCUUCAGGUAUAAAGAUCCUCUCCACCAGUGUGGAGGAGCUUAACAAACUGUUCAUCCUCUCUGCUGCACGUAACGCUGUUGUGUCCGGUAACAAAGCAGCGACUAACAGCUGGUUGAAACCCUUUAUGGAGUACAUGAUACAGUGUACACCCGCAGUACGAGAGUGGAGUCCCUACACUCUCACCUACUUCCCCCAAUCUUUCAAGGGUUAUGUUGGCUCUGAGGUGCCGGUUGUGUAUCCUGCUAAAAACCUGGCAAUGAUGGUGACGGAGGAGAUUACUAGGACCAUGCAGGCAGGGGCGAAGCAUGAUUUCGUUAAGUAUUACAAGGAGUCGGAUCACAAUGAGAUAUUUCUUUGUAUUUUGUUGAGGAAAGUUAUUGAUAGUGACACGUUGCCGAACUAUGCACUUAAAGUAACCCAGAACUGGACUCCUGCUGCUCUCAAAAACCAGAUACGAAACAUGAUAGAUUUCAUCGUGUUGGAAGUGAAGAACAACAAGGGGACCUCUCAGAACAUUUUCAACAAGAUUGCCAACGCUGUGAAUGACUUUGUCUUCAGACAUCACAUGAUGCCGUUUGACACUCUGAUCUUUAUCUUGGCUCUUCGCAAGUACAGUGACCAAGAUGCCAACAUCUCCCUCUACCUCAUCCACAAUCUCCUUGUUGGGAAGACUCAGUUCAGUGCCCGCUGUGCUGACUUUGUUCAGCAUGCUUCUCCAGAUUACUGGCGUUCCAUCGAUUGGAGUCACGUGCACAGUGCAUACCACAACAAAUUCCCCGAACACCAGUACUGGAUGAAGAAGGAUAACUUCGCAGAGCGUGGCUCCGGAUCCUUUAUUCUGCCCACUUAUUACAGUAAUCUCUGUCUCAGGUUCUUGCCCAUCUUGGAUGUUGUCAUCCACAGGUUGAUCGAGCUGCCGCCCAAAAAUUGCCGAAAAUGGUUGGUAGAAAUCCUGCGUGUGUACUCCAGACUAUUUGCAUACCAUGAUUCUCCCAUCACAUUUCUGCAUGAUACUCUCUUCUACUAUGAUGUCAUGCUGGCUACAGAGUUUGAUUUCGAAAAACGGGUCCUUGUUCGGUCAUAUCUGGAGCAUCUGACCUGUAAACCAAUGGAGUUCCUGUCACCCCAGUUUAUUAAAUAUCUGAAUGCUGGGGAAAAUGAUCCCCAAAACUGGUCGCCUUCCCCUGGCUAUUUCUUAGAACUUGUAAAUAACAUGAACGAUGUUGUUAAGUCCAGUGAUGGGCCAGAAUUCUCCCAUAUUGACUGGAGGUUCAACGAGUUUGGUAACCCAGUCUGCAUGAUGCUUUACCUUGUUUCUAUCGAGCUAAUGUGUAUCCCACUUCCUGCCACCAAGAUGUCAGCUGAGUAUUUGGCGGAACACCGGAUUAACAUAGGUAGUAAACUAGUGGAUAUAGUCCUGAAUAACAAUACGGGCCACCUACCUGAACUGUGUAACACACUCGGUAUUUUGCUGUCUGCGCUGCCUGUUUCCUUCUCCAAGGCAGUUUAUAGGAAAAUAGUUGAGAUUCUUCGGGAUGGUUCCAAUUUCUAUGAAGUUGAGGGUAAUAUAGGUGGGGUUUUGUGGAACAAUAAAGCGCAAAACGUCUUGAUCCUCGUCCAUUCGUUCUUCCAGCACUGUAAAACGGACAAAAUAGGCUUCCUCCCCGAAUUUAUCACCCAAAACUUGAACUUGUUCACGACAGAAUCCCACGUGGUGUACAUAUUGAAACUGGUAUCACCCUUUCUCUGCCACCUCUUCAGGAGUCCCUCUGUAAGAAACCAAACUCUUUGUUCCUUGUAUCAGGUCAUGAUAAACUUGUUGAGCGACAACACAGUUACCAAUCCUGACCUGUUUGUUGACUACAUGUAUUAUAUCAAGUACAUUUACGCUGGUGCCGAGUUUAAACCGUUGAUUGAGAAACAUUUACCCACUUUACCGGCCGAUAUUUCAUCGAAACUAAAGUUUUUGGUGAUCGGCACUGAUUCCACGUCGUAAUUAUAUUAAUAUUUGUUAAUAAAUGUAUAUUUUAUGAUUGAAUUAUGUUGAAAUUUCAGAUGUA